AUGAACAAGAAAGUUGCGACUAUAAAAAAAGUUGAUUGUGGUCCAGAUUCUAAACAAGAUUCUCCAAUGGAUGAUGAUUGUGCACGUCAUGAACUACUAGAUGUUCAAAAACAAUUAAAUCAAGUGUUUGAAUUUACAAACCAGGUCUCGAAUGCUGUGGAUGAAACAUAUUUUACACUUCUGAAAUGGAGUAAUACACUUGCACCAUCUUCUCGCCGUCAUGUAGAACCCGAAACGUUUAACACACUUGGUCUUUCAAUUGAUGAUGCUGUUUGGAUUUUACGUCAUUUACGCGAGUUAUUUAAUAUCAGUGGCAAUUACGAACAACAACGACUUAUGACUAUGUUACCACCGGAUUGGGGUCGUGAUCGUAUUGCUAACUGGUUUGGUGGUUCAAAACAUCAAGCUCGACAAUUAGAGAUGCACCAGUCCCAGUUCUGA